CAACCUCUUUCUAUUUUCAAUUUAGAUCUUUACUGUGUCUGCUACUUAAUGCUGCUGCACAUGUGCUGCUUCUUUCCGUCAUCAAAAUAAUCUUUUGAGCUUCUGGGUUUCUGAUAAUCUCCAUUUCUUGAAGUGAGAAAAGUCUAUUAUUGAUUUGGAGCUCUUUCUUCGAUUGCCUGGAAGGAGAUUCUUCUGCAUUUAGUAUUAAAUAGAAGCAAGCUAUGAGCUUCAAUAUCUCUGCCGGGGGUAGCCAAACCUCAAGAACGAUGUUUGAGUUUGGAAGGACUCAUGUUGUCAGGCCGAAAGGAAGGCACCAGGCUACAAUAGUCUGGCUACAUGGCCUUGGCGAUAAAGGCUCAAGCUGGUCGCAGCUCUUGGAAAGCCUUCCUCUUCAAAACGUAAAAUGGAUUUGCCCAACUGCUCCUACUCGUCCAGUGUCUCUGUUUGGUGGAUUUCCUUGCACUGCUUGGUUUGAUGCACAAGAUAUUACAGAGGAUGCACCAGACGAUUUAGAAGGAUUGGAUGCAUCAGCAGCACAUGUCGCAAAUCUCUUGUCAACAGAGCCUGCUGAUAUCAAACUAGGUAUUGGAGGUUUUAGUAUGGGCGCGGCAACUGCUCUUUACUCAGCCACGUGCCACAUUUUUGGCCAAUACGGGAACAGAAACCCAUACUUAGUUAACCUCAGCUCUGUUAUUGGUCUUAGCGGCUGGCUUCCAUGUUCUAAGACGUUAAGAAACCGGAUGGAAGGAUCAAAUGAGACUGUAAGGCGUGCAGCAUCAUUGCCGAUUUUGCUGUGUCAUGGUUCUGGGGAUGAUGUGGUGGCUUAUAAACAUGGAGAAAAGUCGGCACGUGUUUUGAGCUCUGCUGGAUUUCAAAAUCUUACAUUUAGACCAUAUGAUGGGCUUGGUCAUUAUACCAUUCCUGAAGAGAUGGAUGAAGUUUGUCGCUGGUUGACUGCAAGAUUGGGGCUUCAGGGAUCGUAAGUCAGACAAAUCUUCGGGGCUACUUGGGGUAUACAUGAGAAGAACUUAAAACAUAAUAGUUAUAACAAGUAGAAGUAGCUUAAAUAGAUGGAAAUUUUGCGUACAAUAACAGUAUGUGCUCCCUUGUAUUGUUGAAGGCUAACGAAGCUUAGUACAUCAAGCAUGUACCCUAAAUCUUUCCCUUUCAAGUAGAGAAAACCUGUUGCUCUGAUUUUAUCAAUGUUCCACCUCUCUUUAUAUAUUUGAACCUGAGAUGCAGUUUAUUA